CAAACCAGUUUGUGAAUCCCUUUACAACCUUCAAUUCCAAAAUCAAGAAGUGUAUACAAUGUCGUUUCGGAUUGCUGUGUUUUACGUAAUUAUAUAUUUUCUUUCAGACUCGGGUUGCUUCGCGGAUCCUUGCAACCCUUCUAAUCAUGAAAAGUUUCCAGAUACUCGUAUGGGUUCAAGAAACGAACGUUGCCCAGUGAUGCCCGGAAGCAUAGCAAUAUGUGAUUACUUUCUGGAUGAAAGUUGGUAUGUUGCGGAUGAAGCGGUUUUAUUGAAUAAAUGUCCAAAGGGUACAGGACAAUGUGGAGUUGCGUACCCUGCCUUUCUCGAUGGUGAUUUUCCUGACGUUACAGAUGGUAUCGUGAACAGAAGUGCGUGUGUCAUGCGAGGGUCGGAUUGUUGUAGAGAUAUCAUUCCGAUUAAGCUGAAAAAUUGCUCCGGAUUUUAUGCCUAUCACUUGCAACCAUUAAAAGAGUGUUCAAGUGCCUAUUGCUUUGCGUCAUCCCUUCCUUGUACCGAGACUACUACAGAAGCUCCAACUAGCACAACGACUAUCAAGGCUAGUAAAGGAAAUGAAGAUAGCGAUGAUUCAAAGACAGUGCUUAUUGGAACCACGGUUGGUGUUGGCGUGGUCCUUUGCCUUACCACUAUAGUUGUCGCAAUUGUUGUCAUCAAAACAGGGUGGAUGAAAACACAGAAACAAGUAUCAGCAAGUAAAGUCGCUCAGCCUCAUAUAGACCACAUAGACUGCUAUGAUAAACCUCCAGUGUACUCGUAAAACUAGCAGAUACACAAUUUGCUAAAGGAUCUUUACUUAAAAUGGUCUUUACAUGCUUAUCACGUGACUCUGUUUUUGCUAUAUUCAGAAAUCCAGAAAUUCCAAAACAUCCUUUAAUCUGUCGAUAAAGAGCUAUACAUAGCUAAUGUUUUCUGCUUAUUUAUGUACCGACUUUAAAUUAAAUUUGUAUUGAAUUGUAUUGCAUUUUAUCACAAACUUAAUCAUUUUGUAAACAGUUCUUUUGCAAUCUUUUCAAGAACAUUGAAUUGUGUAUUGUUCAUUAGUUUCUAGAAAUGAUCUGAUUUCAAUAUAUUAUCAGUCCAGAAUGCCCAUCUUUCUGUAUACAUGAAACUGUAUACGUCAUCUUUUGUAUUACAAUUCCGGGAGAACGUCAUGGCCAUAAAAGACAAGCAGGUCAUUUACGGCGAUUAACUUAGAAUAAUUCGAUACUAUACAACGCUGUAUGAAUUUAAAAUAAACUGUUAUUAAAAGAAGUCUGAGUAAUGUUCUUAGAUAAAACACAUUAGUUUGCGAUAUUUAUCAAAUAAUCAAGGACUUGAGCGAUUUGUCGACUGUUUUAUCAAGGUUCAGAAUUCAGAUGCGCAGGAAUGAGUGACCGAAUGGUUAAACAUCUAAGCAUCUCCGAUGAACCGUUAAAUGGACGUUAAAUCACAAGAAGGCAUAGUUUCCUAUUCAUUGACAAAUUUUGACAAAAUCUAUAUCGGACUUCAUUUAUCUGAGUUGUAGUGCAACGGACGUCAUGCGGCAAUUGAGGUCAACAUUGGCGUCAUAAUGCUGUCUUACCGGUCCGCGCAUCUAGUUGUUUAUCGCAGAAUAUACACAGCUUGAUCUUUAUUUAACUAGCAAUUGAAUUAUUUGCUAUAGAACAAUCGCUAUUCAGGUUGACAAGUUUAUCAGUCUAGGGAUAUAUUAUUUCAGACGUAUUCAACACUAGUAUAACUAAAAAUGUGAAUAGAUUUUAUAUGUUGUAAAUAUAAUAAAUAAAAUUACUGAUUUUAGUAAUUUCCAUUUGUGUAUACAAUACAUGGUUGUGUGGUAAGUACGUCCGAAUACACCUUCAGCCUCGAAACAUUUUAAACAUGGCUAUAUAUUUUGUACUUAAAUGGAAACACAUUUCUCAUAAAUUCAUUUUAUAAAAUGGCGUAAUUUAAAAGAUCACUUUCACAUAAUUGCCAUUUUUCAUGUAUGUAUAUAUA